AUGAAGGCCCUGCUUCUGAGCUUGGGCCUCGGCCUUGUUGCUGUCCUGCAGUCCCAGGACUUCCCUGACACGAAAGGACCUCAAGAUGUGACAGGAACAUGGUAUGUAAUAGCUAGAGCUUCUGACAUGGAGAUUCCUGAAGGGUUUUGGCCUUUGUCUGUGACUCCCAUGACCAUCACGGCCCUGGAAGGGGACAACCUGCAAGUCAAGUUCACGGCCCUGAUUUCAGGACAGUGCCAAGAGAUGAGAACUGACAUAGAGAAGACAGAUCAACCUUACAAAUAUACAGCCUACAGGGACACUCAGGGGGUCUACCUCAUAGCAUCUGCAGUGGAGGACCACUACACCUUCUACUGGGAGAGCAGCAAUCUUUCAUUUCCUUUCCAAGUGGCAAAACUGCUAGGUAGAGACCCUGACAUCAACCCGGAGGCCCUGGAAGAUUUUCAGAAUAUUGUGAAAUAUGCAGGCCUCAAUGCAGAGAACAUCUUCAUCCCUGAGCAGAAUGAAACCUGCUCUCUAGGAAACAAUUAA